AUGUUAACUUGCAGCCAUUCCGACGUGAACGGGUGGACUAUACAGCUGGGAAUCACGCGGCGCCGUUCGCAUGCGUACUACGGUCAGAAGGUGAAGGUGCGUCGCGUGGUGCCCCAUCCGCAGUACAACAUAGGGGUCGCGCACGACAACGACAUCGCACUGUUUCAGCCAUUCAAAUGUGAACGGGUGGACUAUACAGCUGGUUACUACGGUCAGAAGGUGAAGGUGCGUCGCGUGAUGCCCCAUCCGCAGUACAGUAUAGGGGUCGCGCACGACAACGACUUCGCACUGUUUCAGCCAUUUAGAUGUGAACGGGUGGACUAUACAGCUGGUUACUACGGUCAGAAGGUGAAGGUGCCUCGCUUGGUGCCCUAUCCGCAGUACCGUAUAGGGGUCGCGCACGACAACGAUAUCGCACUGUUUCAGCCAUUUAGAUGUGAACGGGUGGACUAUAUAGCUGGUUACUACGGUCAGAAGGUGAAGGUGCCCCAUCCGCAGUACAACAUAGGGGUCGCGCACGACAACGACAUCGCACUGUUUCAGAUGUUAACGGGUGAACUAUACAGCUGGUUACUACGGUCAGAAGGUGAAGGUGCCUCGCUUGGUGCCCUAUCCGCAGUACCGUAUAGGGGUCGCGCACGACAACGAUAUCGCACUGUUUCAGUGUCGGAGUACGAGCCAGCCGUGAACGAGGUGGAAGUGCCGGUACUGAACCGCGACCUCUGCAACCAGUGGCUCGAGCACCGCGACCUCAACGUCACCGAGGGCAUGAUCUGUGCUGGCUACCCGGAGGGCGGCAAGGAUGCCUGCCAGUGGCUGGAGCACCAUGACCUCAACGUCACCGAGGGCAUGAUCUGUGCUGGUUACCCGGAGGGCGGCAAGGAUGCCUGCCAGUGGCUGGAGCACCAUGACCUCAACAUCACCGAGGGCAUGAUCUGUGCUGGUUACCCGGAGGGCGGCAAGGAUGCCUGCCAAGUAUGGAUAUUGAUGCCACUUAACUAUCUUCCACAAACGGACGGGUUCUGA